AUGGCAGCCACAGCCGGAGCCCGGAGGUUACCCAUGGGUGUGCGGACGUUCAGUGACUUCCUCCACAUCGCCACUGUGGGCUCUCCUCGCUCCUGUCGUUCUGCGUUACAAAGAGUAUGUCUGAGGCAAAACAUAAGACACCUAUCGUCAUGUGGGAUUUUGAUGACAAGAAGUCCCAAAGUGCUUUCCCUUCAGCAAGGGGACACGAUGAGUAGCGCACCGCAGAGUAGAAGCUUCAUCUCCCUCACCAACAAGCGGAAGGAGUACUCUGAGCGCCGAAUACUUGGUUACUCUAUGCAGGAGAUGUAUGAUGUGGUGGCCAACGUUGACGACUACAAGCUCUUUGUGCCUUGGUGUAAAAAGUCUCAGACCAUCAUGAGAAGGACCGGUCACUCUAAAGCCCAGCUGGAAGUGGGAUUCCCUCCUGUGAUGGAGAGAUACACGUCUAUGAUCACUAGUGUUAGACCUCAUUUAGUUAAAGCUGUGUGUACAGAUGGAAAGCUGUUCAAUCAUUUGGAGACAAUAUGGCGCUUUAGUCCUGGCAUUCCUGGCUACCCUCGCACAUGCACUGUAGACUUUUCAAUAUCCUUCGAGUUCCGGUCCUUACUCCACUCCCAGCUAGCCACCAUGUUCUUCGACGAAGUAGUGAAGCAGAACGUCGCUGCGUUCGAGCGGCGAGCCUGCAAGCUGUACGGCCCAGAGACACGGAUUCCACGAGAGCUGAUGUUUCACGAGAUUCAUCAGACGUGAUCUCUGCAGCCACACGCGUCCUCGUUUGGCCUUAAACCGCACCGACGUUCGUUCCUGUCGCACCCGCAUGACCCAACCGGCAUUUGGUCUCCACUUCAGCUUCAAUGGACCCAUAACUCCUCAUGUUGGAAGCCCUGCCUCAAGCCCUCUCUCAUAUGCCCUCCUUCUGUCCGUCUACCUCCAUUUAAGUUUUUUUUUUUUCUUUCAACCAAACCCUUCAUCGGAUUAACGGCGUGGCGGUUACAGCUGUAUUUAUGUUAACUAAACAGUAAAUCAUUACCACCCCAUGUUACCGGCGUAACAUUGACUUUUAAUUAAAAAACGACAUCCUUUUUAUCUUUUUUUUUUUAAACAAAUACCCCCUCAGAGUCUGAGCUGUGCUAAAGGUUCACAGUGAUCUAAGGAAACUGGACACGGCAUGAAAAAUCAGCUCUGAUCACACUAUUAUACGAAAGCACACUUUGCCUUUUACUUUUACAAUUUAUUUCCUUCUGGACAUUUUAAAAUAUUCAUCAGAUAUAUAUUGCCGUGGCUUCAAAUGAUUUUUUGCUUUUAAUUUAUUUUGCAGUAGAAAUUUGGAAAAAACACUUGUUCUAUAUGGGCUUAUUAAAGGUGCCAUGUUUUGGGGACAUCAUGAAUUGUCACUGUUACAGUAUUAUGAAAAAUAUGCUUCAUUAGUCGCCAGCUGCAGUCACAAUGGAACAGGGUGUUGGAGAAAAAAAAAAGAAAAUCGCUUUAAUCUAGCUGCUGUGCUGUGAGGAUUUUAUCAUGACUUCGCCUCUUAUUUUAUAUUAUGCCUUAUUUAAUAGUCCAGCUCUAGAGAACAUCAGCUUAAAGAGGUGGGAGUCAAAACUUUGCACAGAAUAUUUAAAGUAAGUGAUAGAAAUGCUGGAGUGUAAUGUGAAAAAUGCUAAUGGGAGAAAAAUGAGAUCUAAAUAAUCUACAACUAUCUUUGCCAAAUUUACUUUUAUAAAAUCAUAUAAAAGGUAAAGGAUAGGCAAUUAAAUUGCCAUUUUCUCAUGAUCAAGUCUUCUGGUGCUUUUUUAAUUAAAGAAAAAUGAUUCUGAGACUAAAAAGGUUUCACAGACAGCAGAUGUUUCCCUUAUUAGCUGCUGAUUGUACUUUGUCUAUCUGCUGGAGGUGAUUAGGACCAUGAUAUCGUUAUUACAUCUUUAUUAUAUAUAUAUAUAUAU